AUGUCACAGAAACAUCUACAGACAGUAUGGACUGGUACUCAGAUAAAACUCUCACGAUUAGUUACAUCUGAAAUAUCUGCUUCAAAAGGUUUUGAUAGUAAACGACAAGCUAAUAAUUAUGUACGUGAAUUAUUUAUUCAAUAUAAUGAUAUAAUGAGAAAACUUGAUGAAAUUUAUGAAACAUUAAUUCAUCCACAAAAACGUUUGAUUAUACGUAUUUUACUUGAUGGUAUUGUUGGACGAUUAGUUGAAUUAAAACGGGAAAUGAUUAAAUUUGAUAAUUGUGAAUAUACAUAUUUCGAAGAUUUAGCACUUGAUCACAAUAAAACAUUAGAUGAUUUAUGUAUUAAAAUUCCUCGUUAUUUUUCUCAAGAUCGUUUUAAAGCUGUUGAACAACGAAAUCAUACUAUAGAAAUGAUUCUAAAUCGAUUAGAUCACUCAAAAACUAAUCUAUCAAUAAGAACUUCUUCGAAAUCUUUAUUAAUAACAAAAACUAAUCAAACAAAUGUAAUUACACUUGCUCAUGCUGUACGUAUACUUCAAGCAUAUGAACGUGCUCGACAAGGUCGUGUACAUGCAUAUUUUAUGCAUCGAAUGAAAAACGAAGUGAAGAUUACAGAAACAAAAUUAAUUAAUGAUAAUCAUCUUAAUGAUAGUUGUCUUAUUAUUCAAACUAUUUGGAGGCAAAAAUAUUCAGAGAAAUUAUUUUAUGAAAAAAAGAUAGAACAACAAAAAUUACUAGGCAUGAUCUUACCGCAAAGAAAAGUGUUGACGACUGACGAUAGUUAUGAACGAGAUAAAAAGAGACGAGAUUUACAACUACAACAUCAACAACAAUUAGAUGAAUCACCAGAUUAUAUCAAACAGAAAAUUCGUCAAUAUGAAGAAACUGAAGUUAAAUCACGUAUUGAACAUGUUCUCAUUCAAUGGUUAUUAGAAUCACGACAACUUUAUGGUCAAUUUCCUAUUUAUCCAUCAAAUGGUUCUGACAUGCUUUUUAAAGAUAUAACCCUAGCUGAAGUACAAGAAUUUGUCAAUAAGCAAGCUCAAUUAUUAAAAAAUAGAAAAGCAAAACGAAAAGAACUUAAAAAACAAAUUAAAAAACCAAAUAAAAAGCAACCAAAACAAAAAUCAAAUCUAAAUGAAUUAGAAUCAUCAAAAUUUAUUCCUCUUAUUAAUAAUCAAAUGGGUAUAUACAAAGAAUUAUUUUAUGAACGAGAUGAAUCUUAUAAUAAAGAACAACAUUAUGAUAUAUUAUUAAGUAUCGAUCAUUUUCGACCUGACGUUGAAAAUGAACUACGACAUGAUGUUGAUAAUAUUCUUCGUAAUGAAUUAAUCUAUCUUAAAUUAGCAAUUGAUAAUGUUAAUGAUAAACAAAUCAAAAAAUCGAAAAAGAAAAAAAAGAAGAAAAAACGAAAUAAAAAAGUUAAAGAUAUUAUUGCUAAUAGAACAAAUGAUUCAAUUUUCGAAGAACUUAUUGAAACCGGUAUUAUUAUACCUACGAAAUUAGUUCGUCAACAAGAUUUUAUUGGUGAUUAUCAAUAUAAUGCUGAAACAAUUCGUUACAAUGAAAAAGAACCAAUGCCAUCAUUACUUGAUUGUCAACAACUUGUCAUUCUACAGAUUAUUUUUCCUCUCUGUUCACAAAAUAUUCAUAUGAAUUUAUCAUCACAUAAAGCAGUGCUUCUAGCUGGACCCCAUGGUAGUGGUAAACAACUACUUGUACACAUUGCAUGCAAUGAAUUAGGUGGUCUUCUACUUGAUCUAUCACCAUCAAAUCUUGCCAAAUCUUUUAAUACGAUUGAUGGUCUCAAAAUACUUUUUGCAAUGAUUAAACGGCUUGUAUUAACGAUGUCUCCAAUUCUUUGUAUGAUACGUGAUACGGAAUUACUCUUUUCAAAAAAACUUACACUACAAGAAAAAGAAUAUGAACCAAAACGAUUCAAACGUAUUAUGCAUAAAUUUAUUAGAAAGAUAAAACCUGGUGAACGAAUUAUGUUUAUUGGUUUGUCAUCACAACCAUAUCGUGCACGAAUAAAACAAUUAUUAAAAGUUUAUGAACAUAUUAUUCUAUUUACAAAACCAAACUAUGGAUCUCGACGUAAAAUUUUUUAUGAGAUUUUACUUGAAAAAAAUCAUAUGAAUGUUAAUGAUGUGGAAUUGAGUAUUCUAGCAUCGGUAUCAAAAGGUUAUACAGCUGGACAAAUUCUUGAAACAAUAUAUAAAGUGAUUAAAAUUAAACAUGAAGAUAAAUAUUCGAAUAAUGUUUGUACAGCGAAUGAUUUUAUUUCUAUACUUGGUUUAAAAACUCCAGUUUUUAUCGAUGAGGAAAAUAAAAUAAAAAACUGGUAUGCUAAGACACCAAAUGGUAUUAAACGUCUCAAUGAAAUAACUCAGACAUCUGUAAAAUCGACUAAAACUUCAUUGAAGACAAAAAAAGGAAAUUAA